UUUAAGCAUCAUCUAUACAAUUUGUUAUAUGCAACAUAAGCUCUUACUAUUAUUUCUAAAUUCUUCAAACAUUCUACAAUCCAUCAAUUAUGGCAAUCAAUAUUGGAAAAAUAUUUUUCAUGCUCUUAUUUUUAUCUUCAAUUUUAUCAAUAGCCUCAUCAAGAAAAGGACCAUCCUCAAGCAACAUAGAUUGGUGGUGCAACCAAACACCACAUCCUCAACCAUGCAAACACUACACAACUCAAAUGAACAAACAUUUCAAAAUCAAACAUAGAGUUGAAUUUAGAGGAAUGCUUGUUCAAUUAGCAUUAAAACAAGCUAUCAUCAUGCAAAAAGAAGCAAAAGAAAAUUCUUAUCAAAAUUCAUCGGUGCAUAAAACGGUUCAUGGUGAUUGUUUGAAGCUUUUUGAAAACACAAUCUUUCACCUAAAUCGUACACUUGAAGGCUUAAACAAUGCAAACAAAACAUGUUCACCACAUGAUGCACAAACAUGGCUCACAACUUCUCUCACAAAUAUUGAAACAUGUAAAAGUGGAGCUUUAGAACUCAAUGCUCAAGAUUUCAAUUUCAUUGUGCAAACCAAUGUUAUUGAGAUGAUAAGGAAUAUCUUAGCCAUCAAUAUGCAUUUCAUGAAACACAACAAAGAAACAAAAGAAGGGUUGUUUCCAAGUUGGUUUUCUAGGCAUGAGAAGAAGCUUUUACAGACUAACUCUUCAAUAAAGUUCAAUCUUGUGGUUGCAAAAGAUGGUUCUGGAAACUUUAAGACAGUGCAAGCUGCUCUGGAUGCUGCUGCUAAGAGAAAAUAUAAGACAAGGUUUGUGAUACAUGUGAAGAAAGGUGUUUAUAGAGAGAAUAUUGAGGUUGCUGUGCAUAAUGAUAAUAUUAUGUUGGUUGGUGAUGGAAUGCAAAAUACUAUAAUAACAAGUUCUAGAAGUGUUCAAGGAGGUUUUACCACUUAUAGCUCUGCAACAGCUGGCAUUGAUGGACUUCACUUCAUUGCACGCGACAUAACCUUCCAAAAUACAGCUGGUCUACACAAGGGUCAAGCCGUGGCACUUCGAUCAGCCUCAGAUCUCUCAGUAUUCUACCGAUGUGCCAUAUCAGGUUACCAAGACACCCUCAUGACUCAUGCACAACGUCAAUUUUACCGACAAUGCUACAUCUAUGGCACCGUAGACUUCAUAUUUGGCAACGCCGCAGUGGUAUUCCAAAAUUGUAAAAUUUUCGCAAGAAAGCCUUUAGAUGGUCAAGCUAACAUGAUCACUGCCCAAGGUCGAGGUGACCCAUUCCAAAACACCGGAAUUUCAUUCCAUAAUUGUCAAAUUAUGGCUGCGUCCGAUCUAAAGCCUGUCGUCGACAAGUACAAUACCUUCUUGGGUCGGCCUUGGCAACAAUACGCAAGGGUUAUGGUGAUGAAAACUUUUAUGGACACAUUAGUGAGCCCCUUGGGCUGGUCUCCAUGGGGUGACACUGAUUUUGCUCAAGACACAUUGUAUUAUGGUGAGUAUGAAAACUAUGGGCCUGGUUCAUCAACGGUAAACAGAGUGAAAUGGCCUGGUUAUCACGUGAUAACAAGCCCAAAUGAAGCUGCAAAGUUUACUGUUACUGGACUCCUUGCUGGCCCAACAUGGUUGGCUACAACUACUGUGCCAUUUACUUCUGGGCUUUGAUUUGUGUUUCUGGUACAACCAUCUCUUCAUUACGUCAA